AAAUAAGGAGAAAUGGCGACGGAGCCAGGCAGUGGGUGAGUGAUUUCUGAAGGGGUGGAGGUGUGAAGCGAUUGAUGACCGCGGUCAGCCAUGACACAGCUCCCAAAGGGCUGGGAGGUUGACUUCUCUUCUGGCUCCAGCCGGACUCGGAACGGGAACGUCUGACAUCUACAUCCUCCCACCCGGGUUAGAGGUGAGAGGUCAGAGGCUGCGUCCCCUCUCUGGUGUUGGGACUUGAGAUACUGUGGAAAGCAAUCAGGACCCCGAGCCAAAGACUCAGCUUCCAGCUACUUACGGAGUAAUGGCCCAUCUUUGGAACAAGAUCGGGGAACUACAUUCCAGCCUCAAGCUUCAGCUUAGUUGGAGCUUGAGAUCCUGAGAGUCUCCUGGACAGCAGCCUUGCAGAGAAAGCGUUUUGACCUUGGCAUCUAGACAUCUCCCAUCUCCCCCAUGGCCCUGACAAUGCUGAAUGAGCUCCUGAUUGAGGACCCAAACCCACCUCUGCUGCUGCAUCAGGUUAGCAAGACUGCUCAGUUAGAGACCCUCAACUACCAGAGCUGCUUUAUGCAAAGUGUCUUUGCCCAUUUCCCUGAGAUCUUAUUUAUCCACCGGACCUAUAACCCAGUGGGCAAGGUGCUAUAUACCUUCCUCGUAGAUGGACCUCGGGUGCAGCUGGGGGGUCAUCUCGCCCGGGCAGUCUACUUCGCCAUUCCUGCCAAGGAGGAUGCCGAGGGCCUGGCCCAGAUGUUCCAGGUGUUCAAGAAGUUUAACCCAGCGUGGGAGAGAGUCUGUACCAUCCUGGUAGAUCCCCACUUCCUCCCGCUGCCCACCCUCGCUAUGGAGUUCCCUGCAGCCGAGGUCCUGCUCUCAGCCUUUCACAUCUGUAAGUUCCUCCAGGGCAAGUUCUAUCAGCUGUCCCUGGAACAGCCUGUGGAGAGGGUGCUCCUCACUUCCCUGCAGAGCACGAUGUGCUCAGCCACAGCCGGCAACCUGAGGAAGUUGUAUACACUCCUGAGCAGCUGCAUCCCUCCGGCCCAGCUGCCCGAGCUCCACUCACACUGGCUGCUCAACGACCGCAUCUGGCUGGCCCACCGCUGGAGAAGCCGAGCUGAGAGCAGCCGCUACUUCCAGGGCCUGGAGGUCACCACCCGCGUCCUCAGCCAGUUCUUCGGCACCACCCCCUCUGUGGAACAAGGCAUGGCCUCUCUGCUCCGAUACAUGCAGCAGAACGCGGGAGACGAGGCAAGCUUCAGCCCGGGCCUGAGUGCCCAGAACAAUCACGCCCCCUUAGACAUCAGCCCCGAAAGCCCCAAAGUGGAGCAGCUGGUAGAAGCCCGCAUCCAGCACUCUCUCAAUGCCAUCUGCACGGGGCCGGCAGCCCAGCUCUGUCUGGGUGAGCUCGCUGUGGUCCAGAAAUCUGUGCACCUCAUCGGCUCCGGCUCAGAAAAGGUGAACAUCCAGAUCCUGGAGGACACCCACAGGGUGCAGCCCCAGCCCCCUGCCAGCUGCAGCUGCUACUUUCACCAGGCCUUCCACCUGCCCUGCCGCCACAUCCUGGCCAUGCUCAGUGCCCAACACCAGGUGCUCCAGCCCGACAUGCUGCCAGCCCAGUGGACAGCAGGCUGUGCUGCCAGUCUAGACAACAUCCUGGGCAGCAAGUGGAGUGAGACGUUGGAUAAGCACUUGGCCGUGGCUCUCCUCACUGAGGAGGUGGGGCAGCUCCUGCAGCAGUGCAGCCAGGAGGAGUUUGAACGGAGGUACAGCACCCUGCGGGAGCUGGCCGACAGCUGGAUCGGCCCUUAUGAGCAGGUCCAGCUCUGAUUACCCUCCAUGCCCAGAGAUGCUCAUGUACACAUACACGCUCACACUAUUGUAUUUCCAUGGGCCCUCCUUCCAGGAAAGGACAGGGGUCUUCUAUUCUGCCACAGCUUGUUACCUAAAAUGUAUCUAGUUCCUAAGACAGGAGUCAGCAAACCUUUUCUGUAAAGGGCCUGGAAGUAAAUAUUUUAGACUUUGCUGGCCACAGUCUCUGUUGUAUAUUCUUGGUUUGGUUUUGUUCGGCAGCCUUUUCAAAAGGUUAAAAACCAUUCUUAGCUCAAGGGCCUUAGAAACAGGUGGUCCUGCUUCUAGGAUAAGACACUGGGUAGAGAUCAAGGGCAGGGGCUUGGUAACAGCUUCCCCAGUCAUUAGAUGACUCGCCUGACCCACAGGGGAGAGGAGGUAGAUCCCAGCUUUUGCCCUCUAGGCCCCACCCGGAGGUCAUUAAAGUCAAAUGUUGCCUAUUCCAGCACUCAUCUAGUUUUUUGUCUUCUAGAAGGCAGUAGAGCAAGUAUUGUGGAAAGAAUAGACGUUGGAGUCCGACACUACGUACAAAUCCCGGUUCUUUCUCUGCCUGAUUUUUUACUAGCUCUGGGAUAUCAGGCAAGUCACCUCUCAAAGGGCUCAAUCUGUUCAUCUGUAAAAAUGGAGAUCCUCACAGCAUUGGUAAGAUUAAAGGAGAGCCUGCAUAUAAUGGGCCCAUGACCGGUGGGCGCUCAAGUAACUGUUCAUUUUCCUUGCCUCUGGUCUCAUCACUUGAUCUCAGCUGGCUGGGAAAUGUAAGGCAAGAGGAAAAUUCACAUUGCCUAGGACUUUGUAUAAGAAAUCUUGAUCGAGGGGCGCCUGGGUGGCACAGCGGUUAAGCGUCUGCCUUCAGCUCAGGGCGUGAUCCCAGCGUUAUGGGAUCGAGCCCCACAUCAGGCUCCUCCGCUAUGAGCCUGCUUCUUCCUCUCCCAC